GUGCUGCACCAAAGCAAUCGGUAUGAGUUCCGGUCUACAUUCUGGCUCUUGUACAUAUCAAUUCGUCCACAUUCAAGUCUUUCCAUUUCCUUUUUCUUUCUGCGGAAUAAACGUUUCUCCUCUCUCCAUUUCUCCCAAUACCACUCCGUCAGAGUUGCUCUGUAUGCCGCAUACUUGGCUUCAGUAGCAUCUUGACACUCUUGGUCGUACCAUGGGUUUAUUGGGGAGGCGUACGUUAUCCAAGUACGGAUUUCGCGGCAUCUUUUAUUGCAGUACAGGCUUCAAUCGCAUGCCAGCCGGUUGUACGUUCCGGAUUGACCCGUUUGAAUCCAUGGAGUGGGCAAUGUAUUGCCACUGCGACGUUCAAUCAUCGGGACAAGGAGUGCCUUCAUCAAGCAGUUGGGUUAGUCGAGUGGAGUAUGCCUUUGCCAUCUGUUGUGUUUGCAGCUUUUCAAUUUUCAGCUCUCGUGCAGUGUCAGAUCGUACUUUUCUCCCCAUACUCAAACGGGUGCGAACCUUUGCAGUAACAAGCGUGAUCAAUUUGGUUUCUCGUGUCUUUUGUCGAGUGACAGCAAUGUGGCUUUGUGAUUUUUUUAAGUUGAAAUCUGGUGCUGCAAACUACCAUGUUUUUUGCCGCGGCGAAAGCUAUCAACCUCAAACCACUAUUGGACGUUAUCUCGUGGAGGCUAAAUUUUCUGACUGUUGGACCAAGAUGUCUUCUUUCCCUCUCUUAGCAUUAAUAUCUCCCAGAACGGUUUUGGUUUCAUGGGCUGGGCAGCGGUCGUAUUUUCUCUCUAGGCGCUCGUAGAAAAUAUCCUUGGUCUGCUCGCCCUUGUCUUUCGUUGCUAAAAUUUAGCACAGGUAUUGGUACGUCAAAUUCUUUUAUGCAAAAUUUUGAGAAAAUUGGACCAAAAGUGAUACCUGUCUUAAACGGCAUAUCGGAUGAAAGGUAUACAUGAGAGCUAAAUCCGAUCCGACUUGGAGGAAAUUUAUCACACGCAUUGGGACGUUUAAUAAAAUACCUCAACCUAAAUUGUGUACAAAUUGGAACGAAAUUGAGGCUUAUACAGCCUUAAA